AUGUCGACCGCGCCUGCUCCACUUCCUCCAGGAAAGGGCCAGAACGACAGCAGCGAAACUAAACCAGUCAACUGGGAAUCCGAGAUUCAACUUGUAUCAUCACUAGCAAAGCUCCAGGAACUGGAGAAUAAGAUUCAUGAACUUCGUCAAUUUGUACCAGCGGGGCUGUUGGAGCCUCUAAUUCCAAUAUCAAGCUCCCAAAAAGCUACACCAGACAAUCCAAUUGCAGAGUCUCCGUCAAUAUUACGCAAUGAGCUUGAUCAUGCUGUGCGUGAUCGACUCGCCAGCAUCGAGCAGUUCCAAUCCCUCUGGCGCGGCCCGGAUCUAAAGCCAGUCUGGGCACAUACUGAAGCGCGCCUGAAAGAUGAAAGCGGCCAGCUUCUCCAGCCAACAGGUAUCUGGGAGAGAGACUACGGCACCCUCCUUGAGGAGCUGACGAAGGCCGAGAAGAUGAAAGAAGACGAGAAACUACGAGAAGAAGAAGACGCUGAGCGAACGAAAGUGUUGUCAGCGGAAGGCGGCUGGACUGCCGUUAUUGAGAAGUUUACUCAACGUGGCCUUCCUGGUGUUCGUGUGAUUAACGGCCAGAACCAGACAUCUUUGGCUAUUGCUCUUGCUAAGGCUGGACUGGUCGUGCUGGUCGAGGGCGUCAAGGACCCGGAGUCCGAUGUUAGAUCCCAGUGGCUUGUUUCGAGUAAGGUUUCUCCAGGUCGGGCCCCGACGAAGAUGGAAGAGGCAGUUAUAGAUUGUCUGAAUUCGCGACCGCGGAAGUGGGAUCUUGCUUUCCUUUUGGAUAUGAUUGCUUCAUACGCAGAUAUCAAACAAACACCUUGCACACAAUGCUUCCCCCGCCUCCCUCUCCCAAAACGUACCCACCCCUCUUUACCCGCCGAAGUACAAUACUCCACUCGACUCCAAGUUCCCAAAUCCGGAACAAUAUACUUUCGCUGUCUAAAAUCAUACCGCUCAUCAAUUCCCCUCUUCGCCCACGGAACCUGUACCUGUCUCUUUGCCGCUUUCUUCUCCCCCGCAAAAGAAGGAGAAGAAGAAGAAGAAGAAGAAGAAGAAGAAGAAGAAGAAGAAGAAGAAGAAGGCACAGAGCAAGACGAAAGUGGACUAUCCCAUAGGUCCCAGUUCGUUCUCUGUAUCGAUCCAGCUCUAGGUACUGGCGAUGACACUGGCACUGAGGAGCGGGAGUUUGAGGAAUAG